AUGCUAUCCCACUGACAGCCACCUGAAAAUGCAAGAGCAAACAUCCAGAACGAACAAGUCCACUCUCAACUCGCUGGAAAGUGCCAUUAUCAAGCUAAAAAACAAUCUUCAGAUACAGGACACGAAGACGCCUGAAAUGAAUGGAAUUUUGAGCGCCGAUUCUACUACGCAGCCUGAAGACAGUAAAACCACACCAAGUAAGCCUAUUAGUAGUUGUAAUAGUAAUUUAAACUUAACGAUCGCCUCAGCUGCAUUGUUGCAAGAGAAUAUGUUACAAAGAUCUCUGCAAGGCGUUGUGAUAUCGUUGCAAAAUGCGAUGAUGAACUCGCUACAGCAAGCAGCACUUCUACCAUCAAACUCUGCUGCAGCCGCUGCAUUGAAUUUGCAAGCAUUAGAAUCAUAUUUGACUCUUCAAAGAUUAACAUCUGUAAACGUGACAAAUACUCAACCAGACACUACGUCAUCGCCUUCAUCAAAACAAGAUAUAUUAAGAAUAGCUACAGCCAGUGCUAAAAUCAGUGAUAUAGAUGCAGCAGAUAGUUCCGUUAAUGUUUCAUCACCAAAAACCCCAGAUGAAUACCCUUUGUCCGACGCAAUUACUGCAGACGAUGUUGAUUUAUCAGAAGAAGUCGAAGAAGAUUUAGCCUUAUUGGAAAACGAAGAUGAAUUUACUUUAGAGCAGCACUUGGAAGCGACUAAGGCUUACAACUAUAAUUCAUCACAAAAUUUGGACAAUGGAUACCCAAGCUUACUAAUGAAUGCUAUGUACCAACAACAAUUGAAUGGCCCGUCGCAAUCGUCCUCUCCACCCCCGAAUUCGACAAGUUCGAAGUCUGCAAAUAGUUCCACUUCAUCGAGCAGUAGUACAACAACAAAACAAAAAACAACAGGCACUGGACCACGAACAAAGAAACAGUUUAUCUGCAAGUUUUGUAACCGACAAUUUACAAAGUCUUAUAACUUGUUAAUUCACGAAAGAACGCACACCGAUGAGCGCCCCUACUCUUGCGACAUCUGCGGGAAGGCUUUCCGACGGCAAGAUCAUCUCAGAGAUCACAGAUACAUUCAUUCAAAAGAGAAGCCCUUCAAAUGCCUUGAGUGUGGCAAGGGAUUUUGUCAGUCGAGAACUUUGGCUGUACACAAGAUCCUUCACAUGGAAGAAUCACCCCAUAAGUGCCCAGUCUGCAGCAGAAGUUUCAAUCAACGGUCGAAUUUGAAGACCCAUCUCCUAACCCACACAGACAUAAAGCCAUAUAACUGUGCUUCCUGUGGCAAAGUUUUCAGGCGAAAUUGUGACUUAAGACGCCACAGUUUGACUCAUAACUUAGUUGGCAUAGGAACGGUAUCCGCCAGUGGAAGUAAGAAUCUACUCAACCCUAACUAUCCAAUUGAUAAUUUAGACACAGAAGAUGAAAAUUGAAUGGUAUUGUUUAGGUUUUAAAGACUGAUUUCCAAUGUGCCUUGUAGAGAGUGUAAAGAUUGUAAAGAUUUCAAUAUUAAUUGUUUAUAUUGUAGCUUCAUAUAUUUGAACGCAGGAAUAUCUUUCGUCUCUCGGAAUGAAAAUUCUAAGGACCUUAUUUCAUAAAUCCCUCGUCAUUUUGCCAUCGUCCGAACAGACCCUUUUGUUGCGCCCAGACAAAGAGAAAGGGCUAGCCUCCGGGAUGACGACGGGAGGGAGGUGGUAAAUGCAUACCAACGCUGCCUAAGUCUGGUAUGAUUAAGUGGGACUCACGUAAAUCCUAAGUGCCUACCCACUAAACACCACCAGAUGUUGGCUUUGGGCAAGGGACCUGUAAGCCUUCAUCGAGACAAACUUCUCUUGAGGAGAGAGAGGGCGUUUACUCUUUUUACAUUAUGCAUACAUCUUAGUUGUUUAAAAAUCUUCUAAAGCCUGUUUUCCAGAACAACAUAAUCUUUAAGAUUAUUUCCCGUCCUCAUUUUCUAUAAAACAAAAUAAUUUUCGUUAUUAUAAAUUCGUUCCUCAAUAUCUGGGUACCGCAUUCUUAAAAAGAGACAUUUUAGUUGAUUUGAAUUUUGUAAUCAUUUGUUAAAUUACGUCAAAGAUCUUUCUUAUGAAACUAGAUCGUAGUGAACUUACGAGUACUUUUAGAACUGGAGGUCUAUUACCAAAUCGAAAGCCGAAGUUUCGGUCCGAAACAAAAGAACGAUGAACUUUGCAUUAAAUCUUAUUACCAAAGUAACUACUUCGGAUCCGAAUAGUGCGGACGGAUUUUGUUUCGGCACUAUAGACAUAACCAUGAUAUGAAGUUAUAGUUACGAUCAUGAUAAUCACGUAAAUGUCAAGUUAUUUUGGGAAUAACGUAAACGAAAGACAAAAUUUAUAAUCGCGAACUUUGUAUCAAUCUUCGGAUCCGAAACACUUUCGUAGUAGGAAAAUAAACUUCGUAUUUCGAUUUUGGUAAUAGGCCUCCUGGUCCUGUUUCAAACAACUAAUAUUUCUUAAAAAAAUAUUCCAAUCAAUUUUGUUUUAUUUUUUUCAAAAAUAUUUUAAUGUGUGUAGGUAGUACCACUAAAUUAUUAUAAUCAUGUGCCAAUGAUUAUUAAAUGUCUUUUCCUAUCCUUAACGAAGGCUUUAGUUUAGUUAUUAAUUAAGAAUGAUUCACUAACGGACAAUUGUUAUUGUGUAUUAUUUUGUGCCUUAGAAUCAAUAGAUUCUCGUAGUAUUAUUACAUAAAUGUCUCGUUCUUCUAAAUUUUCUGAUCUCAUUUUGUUUGUAAAUAUUAAUAAUAAAAUAGUUAGGGCCUUAGUUAACUCAGCCGUCCAUAUUUUUAAGUCAAUGUGAAUUUUCCGUAGUUUUAAGUUUCCUUUUAUUUUUGAUAAAUAAUUAUGUGUAAAUUAUUGCAAUAUUCAAAUUUAAUGAAAACAAAUAAAUAAA